CGGGACGGUGGCGGGAAGAUGGCGGCCCCCAGGGACUGGCUGGGAGCGGUGGAGGAAGAGGGGAACUCGGGUCUUCAGGGGAGCUCGGGAGUGGAGGUGGUUUUUCCUUCUGAUCCCGCCACGCCUGCCCCGCUGUGCCCUCACGGACCCACUCUUCUGUUUGUAAAGGUGAACCAAGGGAAAGAAGAAUCACGGAGGUUUUAUGCCUGCUCAGCCUGUAGAGAUAGGAAAGACUGUAAUUUUUUUCAAUGGGAAGAUGAAAAGUUGUCAGAAGCUAGACUUGCUGCCCGAGAAGCUCAUAACCGAAGAUGUCAGCCUCCUCUAUCCCGAACGCAGUGUGCAGAAAGGUACUUGAAGUUUAUUGAGUUGCCCUUGGCUGAGAGGAGGUUUUGUCAAAGAUGCCAGCAGUUGCUGUUGCCGGACGACUGGGAGAAGCACCGAGAGCACUGGGUGGUGGGCAACAUCUCUGCCAGCCAGCUCGGCAGGCCCAGCCAGCUUCUCCGUCCACUGGAGAACAAGAAGACAAACGCCCAGUAUUUGUUUGCCGAGCGUACCUGCCACUUCCUGGUAGACCUGCUUCCUGCCCUUGGGCUCACGAGAGUACUGUGCGUUGGCACACCAAGGUUGCAUGAGCUGAUCAGGUUGAAAGCAUCAGGUGACGAGAAGUCUAACAUUAAAAGCCUUUUAUUGGAUAUUGAUUUUCGGUAUUCACAGUUUUAUAUGGAAGAUAGCUUUUGCCGUUAUAACAUGUUCAACCAUCACUUCUUUGAUGGAAAGGCUGCCCUUGAAGUAUGCAGAACAUUUUUACAGGAAGAUAAAGGUGAGGGAGUCAUUAUGGUGACAGAUCCUCCUUUUGGUGGCUUGGUUGAACCUCUGGCUGUUACAUUCAAGAAGUUAAUUGCUAUGUGGAAAGAAGGUCAAAGCCAAGAUAGCAGUCACAAAGAACUACCUGUAUUCUGGAUUUUCCCCUAUUUUUUUGAAUCCCGAAUUCGUCAGUUUUUUCCAAGCUUCUGCAUGCUGGAUUACCAGGUAGAUUAUGAUAAUCACGCACUUUAUAAACAUGGAAAGACAGGUCGAAAACAAUCUCCUGUGCGUAUUUUCACCAAUAUCCCACCCAGCAAAAUAAUCCUUCCUAGUGAAGAAGGGUACAGAUUUUGCCCUUUAUGUCAACGAUAUGUUUCCCUAGAGAAUCAACACUGUGAGCACUGUAAUUCUUGCACAUCCAAGGAUGGCAGGAAGUGGAACCAUUGCUUUCUCUGCAAAAAGUGUGUAAAACCUUCCUGGAUCCACUGUAGCCUUUGCGGUCACUGUGCUCUUCCAGAUCAUUCCUGCGGGGCCCCUAAAGAUGGCUGCUUUAUUUGUGGUGAAUUAGAUCAUAAACGUAGUACCUGUCCUCAGAUCACUGCAUCUAAGAAAGUGAUCAAAGCUGUCAGAAAGCAGAAGCAAAGAAAAAGUAAGAAGACGAAAAUGGAGACCGUUAAAGAGCAAUCCAUGAAUCACACAUCUGUUACAAGGAAGAAGAAAAGGAGAGAAAGAGCCCAUCAAUAUCUUUGCUCUUAAAUGUCCAGUGACUUGAGAAUAAGAAAGAUUUAUAGUCCAACCUUUGAUGCCAUUUUCUGAAAGUGCCACACUGGACUUAAAUUCUGUCGCUUUCAAAGGUAUGCGCCUUUUGAAGCCAGAAAAUAGGCAGGUGGCAUUUGUUGCUGUCUGGGCCCCUCAGCAGCCUCUCUGGAGACCUGGGGAGUUGUCCCAUCCUUAGCUGGUUUUCCAGACCUCUCCGUGUGCCUUCUUUCACUCUCCAAAUCUGUCCCAGUCGUAUCAUUUUGACCUCUUUUGAACAAUGGGCAUAUAGCAUUCUUUUGCAGAAAGUGUCAGAAGAGGAAUGAAAGGGGAGACUUGAGGUCUUGUUCAUAUUGAACACGAGUGUGUUAAAUUAGACACAGGAAUGUUGUAAGUCAAACAUCAAAAUACUGUAUGAUGGAUUAAACCCCACUUGCAAAGAAA